AUGUGGCCAAUGUUCAAGAAGUUUGACAGUCGAUGCAUCGACCAACGGCUGAACUGGGAGUUAUUUGGCCAGUACAAGUCACCAGACGGAAAGAGUCCCAGGGCAAAGAGGUCAAUCUCUUUCAGAGAUCAACUCAAGACAGAGAAAGCGCUGUCUAGGCGAACGGGUAUUGCAAUCGAAUCUGUUGCGAGAGGAUUCUUUCUUACAGCCCACCAUCCCAGCCGCCUGCCAGCUGGGUAUGGACUUCCCACUCUGAGUCUAGUCGAUGGUUAUCUCUUGGUACAAGAUGAAGUGCAGCUGCGGAGCACCUACGACUCCGAAGACAGAAGUUUCCGCUGGACGCGGGAGCUGAAGCAGCAAAAUCUGUUCGAACACGGGUCGGUCCAGAUUGACUCUGGAGUAAUUUCAGGAAAUGGGGUAAUUCAUUUGUCCUCAGAGUCAGCGGCUCAGCCUAUGCCUGCCCGGGAUCAGCUUCACCCAUUUGUGGCGCAUGCACAAAGCCUGGAGACACUGCAUACCACUCAGCAGGCAUCGGAUGACACAUGGAAACAUCUAGGCACAUAUAAUGUGACACUAGAUCAAAGUCCCUGGCCUGCGGACACCGAGCGAACCGAACCAGUAAACCCAGUCGAUGGGGGUACCUUUGAAGAUGGUUAUAUAAUCAGUUCAGGAAAUGUGAAAACGCGCGCGUUGCGUUUGCCGCUGGUUGAACAGCUUCGAGACCAGAUCAACCGAAAGUUUAGCCAGAGCUUGGGGACGUUCUACAAGGCCAUCUCGCAGUUCAACCCUGAUGGCUUGGAGACAUUCAAGGUGGUCUUCAGCCGCGCGCCGUUGAUUCCUUUUGUUUCUGACGCUGGUCUCGAUCUGAGAAAGAAAUUCCGGGUCGGGUUCCAGUCAGACUUGGAUAUUGAUAUGACUCUCCCAACGCUAUUCCAACAGAUGAAUAUCACAUUUGACGUCAGGUACAAAACAUUCACCGGCUAUUUCUUUGAAUACGACCCGAUCAAGCGUGGAUACAAGGGUGACCGACAUUUCAUCACAGGCACUAUGCAAACCUCAUCUGCGACUGAUAAAAUUCGAUCCAGGGUCUCCCAAGCCUACGCAUCUAUUUACAGGCCAGGUUUGACUGCGUCGUUGGAUGAGAAGCUUCAGCCUGCGCUAGUCACCAAGAGCUUGCUAGCAGCCAAAGAGACAACUAUUGAUGACUUGAUGCAGCUGGAUGGCUACCAGGAAGCAUCGCUACACAACGGCACGCAGCGAUACAUCCAACAGAUGAUGUACUACCACAUGGACGAUGAACAAAGGGAAAAGAUCCUCCGGGAGCCAAAGCCCAUUAUCGGUCAAGAUAUCCCAGCAAGUCUAGCGGAUAACCUACCGUCCAAGUUGAAGACCUUCUUCAAAGAGAAGUACGCCCCGGCCUUUAUAUGUCGCUACGUCGGUCGAACGCAAAAAUACUCGGGUUCCUUCACAGACCAAGAAAUCAAGAACCUCUGGUACUGGUGGGAAGGUAAUGGCCCAAACAGUCUUUCUCACAGUGAAGAGUAUAAUGAUAUCAACCGACUGAGCUCACGAACGUCCAUGUUGGAGAAAUAUGCAACUCAACUCGAACCAUACUUGAAUGACAACCCUGAGAAGUGGGCUAAAGAUCUGCACACUGAGCUCAUUGAUAAUAGGCAUCUGAUGGAAAUCUGGAUUGACCAGCCAAUACAGAAUGGCAACAAUGUCGUCAACAAGCAAUGUAACAUUCUGGAUGCGCUGGACCCAGGCCAAGACUGGGCAAACCAGUUUUUCACCGAGUUCAUGGCUGUGGCAUUGGAAGAAGGCGGCUCAGCCGCAAAUAUUGAUGACAGUGACCAGGACAGUCAAUAUAAAUGGGUGUAUGAUUCCAUGAGCGAUCUCAUACAGGCCAUCCUCAACGGCGACAAGUGGGUUUCCGAGGAUGUUCGCGCGGCAUUGCUGCAGGACAUUAAUGACUUCGAAGUGGCAAACGGGUUGAAUCAGCAAGCCGACGCAGAGCAAAGAGCUGCGGCUGUAUUGGAGAAAAGUACAGUGUUUAUGAGAGAACUGUGUACUUGGAUGUCGUAUAUCGGCAAAGGCCUGCAGGCUGCUUUUGGAGGAUCUGCGUUGUUCAAGUGGGCCGGGGAAGCCUUUGACAAGGUCUCUUCCAAGUUUCUUGACAAGCUUCCGGGUGUUGACAAGCUGAAAGGCCUUUCCAGCAUAUGCAUGGCCGGGGUCAGUCUGGCCUCUGCCGCUGUGAGCUUAUGGGGCUUAAUUGAGAAUUGGGACUCCAUGUCCGAUGCUGCGAAGGCAAUAGUGAUUAUCGAAGUCAUUGGGAUGGUGACUGAUGCAGCCGGCAAGGCGAUUGAUGCAUUCAAAUCCUUCACCUCCAAACCUGCCACGACGCCUGCAGACCAGAUUAAUAUGGAGGCCCUCAAUGAAAGUCUUUCGAGCGAGAUUCGGGGUAGCAAUGAGAAACUAGGAAAUGUGGCCCAGGAAAUCGCAGGAGACCAGGAUUUCCGUGCGGCGAUAGGCGAGGGCAUCCACGGUGAUGGAGUCCCCAUAGAGGGUGGAGCCAACGAAAGCUGGGGGCAAGACGUUUCGAGUAUCGCCGAGGACGUUCCUCCGGGAUAUGAAGACGCGGCCAAGAAGUUCAACAUCUCGGGGAACCUACUGCGAAUCCUCAAUAUCGCUCUUGGUGUUGGCCUAGUUGUAGCCCUGUCAUUUUCGCUGGCUAAUGACUGGAGUUCCUUGUCCGAUACGGGCAAGGUCCUCAGCGUGCUGAACGUUAUCGUCCAGGGCCUGACUGUUCUGCUGGACAUUGUUGACUUCGCUGCUGAAACUGGGCUUCUCGCCGUCACUGGAACGAUGAGUGUGGCUCUGCCAAUUCUUGGGGCUGUCCUUGCAGUCAUUGGGAUAGUCCUGAUGCUUGUUCAGCUGUUCAUCAACCUGUUCGUUGCCAGACAACCUCCCCCCGACCCUAUUCAGGAUUUCAUCGACGACGUUGGACAUUCCCUGAUCAGGACCUUUGAUACGGCGCCCGACCCGCAGCUCACCUAUUCCAUUUCCAGUACCAAUGUCAGUGAAAACAGUGUCACGACACUCAGGAUCGAAGGAUUGAAUGAGACCCAGAGCGACGUUACACUGUCGCGCAUAAACAUCACUCUUUACUCCGGAGAUGACGACGUCUGUCUAUUCGGAAAUGGCGAGGAUUUCAUCAAGCUGGUGCCUGAUGACGAUUCCAACCACGACACGAGCGGUUAUACUUAUGUCACUCCCCAAAAGGUCACGGCUGGCCAGUUGCCCACGCCGGCUAAACUAGGAACUACUUCUAAUUACUACCAGUACAAUCUCCAGGCAGCUGGUCCUCCGAAGAAAAAUUCCACUACUCUCACAAGCCUGAUACUCAAGCACGGCGAGAAGGUCAAAUCGGUCUGGACAGCGGUGGUUAACAAAACUGGCGAGGACAAAGAAAAGUCAACCAGCUGGAUUGAGGUUAUUGAGGCUGGGUUGAAGGAUAAGUCUCAGCAUCAAUUCAAAAUUACCCGGGUUUGA